AGAAACUCUAAAAUCAACUCGAGUUCUCUAGUGUUUCAUGUAUUUGAGCGUCACAAGACCGUCUCAAACGUUGGUUGUGAAGAGAAUCGUGUAGCUUCUUUUUCCCCCAAAGUUUUUCUUUCUAAACUGACUCUGGCGUAACGCUACACUCGGACUUUUAAAUGGAUUCAGACGUUAAAACUUCACCGCCACAACCAUCACGGGUGAUGACCGUACCUCCUCCUGAUUCUUCAUCUUCUUCAUCUCCACCAUCUCGCCAAUUACCUGAAGAGCCGCUGUCGCGGCGCGGGGUCACGGCUGUUAAGAUCGCUACACUACACAUUCUGUGUAAGGCCGUGCAGAACUAUCAUGAAGGGAUAUGCCACGGAUGUCGAGUCAAACACCCUAGCUAUGAUCAGCACAGCUGUAAGCAGGUUAUUCCUGAUUUCUUUUACGCGCCCCAUUACGACGAAGUGAUGAAAAUAUUCUGGACAGAUCGUCUCAUUCCUGCCGUUCGACUCUUCUUGUGGUCUAACAGUCGGGACGACGCGCGUAAGGAUUUCACAUGGAUUGUGGACGCUCAGGUGUCUGAAUUGUUGCAUGCAUUAAACAUCUUAGAUGCAAUAGACAGUUUGUAUCAUGAUCUGAGGGAGGAAUAUUUCUUUGGUUUUCACACCAACUGGAGGGGCAUUCCUGAUGACAGACCCCACUCCACCAUCUAUGUAAAGUUUGUUGAGGAAUUUAAGAAGGUUUUUGACCAUCCUCUCUCUGAAGAUGAUGUCACUAGACACCUCUAUAACCUGUGA